UUUAAUAUCUUUCAGACUGUAUCCAGAGUUCGGUUCCCUCCCACCCGUCCCCGAUUCUUCAUUGCAGUAGGAUCUCCAACAUGUCCCUACUAGGAACGUCCUCAUAUGGCAUCGUGGCGACUGGUAUAUCGCUUUUGAUUGCCUUCUUAGUACACUGGUACAAUUCUCGCUUGAAGAGUGUCAAUUAUGUCCCGGGCAUGCGAGUGCCAUUCUCUCCUAUCUCCGUCUUUGGCGCAGUCCUUCCCACAACAUGGUGGAAUCCUGGGUUGCACUGGACUUGGAAGUGGCGCAAGACGGCGUACAUGAAUCGGCAACGCGAUGUAAUAUCGGUUGUACCAUUCCUUCUCGGCAGGCCUUUUUACUAUACAGGAUCCUUGCAUGUUGCCAAACAAGUUCUCUUGAACGACGGCAAGGUGUGCAUGGAGAAACCUACCGAGCUAGGUGAGGCCCUACUUCUGUGGGGUGACAACCUGAUUACUGCAAAUGGGGAUAUGUGGAAACGACAUCGACGCGUACUCAACCCGGCUUUCUCUCGCGAGACCUAUUCCAUGGUGGUCAAAGAGACUUGUUCAUUGUACCGUGAAAUUGUCAAUGACGAGGGUUGGUCUGAAAAGACUGACUUUGUCAUUGACGGUUUCAACCGAAUUCCUCAACAUAUGGCCUUCCUCGUUAUAGCCAGAUGCGGCUUCGACGUCCACCUACCAUGGACGGAAGAAAACCACAGUCCAGACAAGUCAGACUUGUCUUUUGGCCAAGCGUUGAAGAUUGUCUCCGAGACCAACAUACACCGUCUAGCUCUGCCUACCUGGGCAUACCGAUUGCCUAUCGAAAGUUUGCAUCGCAUGGAUCACGCUUGGAAGUCGCUCGCAGUCCAAAUGGAUGACUUAGUGAUUCUUCGGAAGGAAGAAUUGAACGCGGAAGAGCUUAAUGGCGGUCAAUCGAGGGGCGACCUCUUUAGUCGUUUGGUAGGCGCUCUCGAUGAAGAGACGAAGGUCGGCUUGUCGAUGCAGGAAGUUAUUGGUAACACGUUCACCAUGAUGUUCGCGGGCCACGAAACGACUGCUCACGUUCUAUCGGCAACACUUGGAUAUCUUGCAAUAUACCAAGAGGAGCAGGACAAGGCUGUCGCAGAGAUCCUGAAACAUGUCCCGAAGGAUAAAGAUCCGACAUUAGAUGACCUGUCGAAUCUGGUACACGUAUUGGCGUGUUUCAAUGAAGCUCUCCGAAUCUAUCCUGCGGGUGUCAUCGUGAAUCGAGACAUGCAGGAGGACAUGGUGAUUGAAGUGGAGCAUCCUAGAAAGGAGACCAUGCCACUGCCAAAAGGCAGUCGUGUAGUCAUUGAUAUGAUUGGCGUCCAUCAUGACCCUCACAUUUUCCCCGAACCUGAGAAGUUCAAGCCUUCUCGCUGGUAUGGAGCACAUGAACACGACAUAACAAUGUUUGGUCUUGGUCCCCGUGCCUGUAUCGGUCGCAAAUUUUCCCAGACUGAGGCGUUGGCAUUCCUAGCUGUCUUCUUGCGGGAUUGGAGAGUCGACAUAGUACCUGAGCCGAAUGAAACACGUCUUCAAUAUGAAGGGAGGGUGAUGGAGCGAGCAAGGCUGCUUGGUCUUGCCUUUGGUAUCGAACCUUUCCCUCUCAGAUUGAGCUGGAAGCUAAUGCACUCCUUGACCCCGUGAAUGCAUGCGAAGAUAUGUCUUCCAAUAUGAUUGAGCGCGAUCAGAAUGAAAAUGACAAUGGUACCACGACACCAGGAAAUGGGGAUUCAACUGAGGCAUAGAUGACGACGAAAGAAGGGCUAACUGUUUGCCACUGUCAAUUGACCUGCUCGACGAUUUAUUCCCUGUCCCUCACAACGUUGCAAGUGGCCACCUACGCACGCAUAGGAGAAAUCGGAGAAGCGCAUGGUACCCUACAAACAUACCCGUUUGUCCUCAUUUAAGGGUCAUCACUUGACUUCCAAGAUCAUGCAUACAUGAAGUGAAG